UCCAUGUCUUUGAAAUGCAUCAUCUGUUGCAGCUUUCACGCCAUUUCGCAAAGCUGAGGGUUCGCAUCCCAUUAUUCAGUAUCCCAUCAUAUAUUUCUUUUCUUUUUUUUUCGUUGAACCACAAUCACAAUAUCAUUGGGCGGUCUUGGGAGACCGUCCUGUAUUAUUGAUCGUCCAAGGGCCGCUGAAGCUUUCGAUGUUUGCCGCCGGGAAGCGCUAGGAGCUGCAAACCCGAGACACGCAGAGCGCAACAUACCGGGAGGAACAUUUGCAGUCUGUAGACAUAAGUUAAUGUAUAUGUACCCUAAAGUGUACGAUUUUCUGUACAUUGGCACUGUCAUUAAGUGUUUAUCGGAAGGCAUCACUCGUGAAUUAGAUGUAAUCUAAUGUUUAUGAAGUGAAGCAUUCGAAACAGAAAUGUUUUGCAAUCGUCUUGUGGUUCAUAAAGUAAAGUGAAGGCACUAAGAGGAUGAAUGUGUCGAUACAUAAGGCACUAGCAAUUUGGAAUAAAAAGUCGACAGAAAAGUGCGAAAUGUGAGCACGUCAAGUCAGAAUUCUUGCGGAAUUUAACUGUGUCUCUUAAUACUUUUUGGAAACAUGGCAUCAGGCUGCACGCCACCAGGAACGAAAAGAGCUCCCAGAAUUUACGACCUCCCGGACGAGAUCUUACUGGAAAUCUUUUCUUACCUUUCGCCGGACGACAUGGCGCGGAGCACACAAGUGUGCGCGAAGUGGCACGGCAUACUGAAACAGGAGGAGCAGCUGUGGAGGCGUAAGGUGUGGAGCAGCAACAGCGUGGACGCGAUGCAAGAGUUCCUCGCGGCCGGCAGCGGCAUUCCCCGCCUACGGACCCUGCGGCUACUCUACGACAGCGAAUACAGGAUCCGCGUCGCCUGGCCCGAAGUGACGCUCCACCUGUGUGUCGCCACACCCUUCCUGCUGGAGCCGUACUUGCGUUCCUUCGACACCGAAAGUCUGGUGGUCAGCGGCGACCCGGAUCGCCGCAGAGAGUAGUUCGGAGUACCCGAACGAGACCUGCGUCGCCGAGCAGCAUCUCGAGUACUGCCGGCCCCGUCGGGGGCCGUCUGCCCCCGCCGGCCCCGGCGGCGCGCCCCGCAGCUUCCCGGUACUGAACUACAGCCGUGCCGCGACGGCGAACACUGCGGAGCCGCGCCGCCGUGACAGCAGCUCGAGUUUUGAGGGCGAGCGUCUCGGAGACGGAGAGGUCGGGAGCCUCGGAGGUGGAGACGGACGGCGGCACGGAGCGCCCGGCACCGGAGGUGCACCGAGAGAUGCUACGGCAGCAGUCGUCGGUCCAGCCGUACGGCACGGCCUGCCGAGUGUCUCGCACGUCGAGAGCCGCGGGCUGUGCAACCGUCGGGUGCCGUGCGGCCUCGGCUCCCACCCGGAGGAGCUGGCCGUGGCCGACUGUGCGGCGCCCCGGGUCUGGAGCUGUGCAGGAUUGUCACAGUGAGCACUCCGUCUGGGCGAGUGGCAGCUGCGGGAGUCGGUGACGGGGGACCUUACGGCAGACCUGCCCCACCUUCACACUUUCACUCGACAGGAGAAAGCUACUUGUGUCUAGUUGACAACUUCCCGCUGUGCUCCCAUUCCUUCCCUCAGAGUUCUGCUCCUAAAAUGUAUCUAACAAUAAUUAAUUGAAUACGUUUUUAGCAUCGUACUGUUCCAAAUUUUUGAUGACCCUUUUGCUAUGUAAGAUUACAAUGUUAGAUCUCUCAAAAUUGAUGUUGGUGUUUUUUGCAACAUUUAUAAAGUAGUAUUUGUGCUGCUUCCAUCCCUCAAAAGGCAUUCCAUAUUUUAAAAUAGAUUCAUGGUAGGCCUAGUUGUGGUAAUCAAUUUUUAUGAUGAUCUGAAUGCAAUGUGUGCAGUUCAGUCCCCUAUACUGGACAUUAAUGUAGUCGUACACUUCUUAUAAUUUUCCAAUACUAAUAGAUGUAAUAAUUGUAGUUUAUUAAGAACAACUAAAGUUAGCAUUCAUCACUAGUCUUAGAAUGUAAGAAAAAGUAAACAUAGUGUAUUUGGUGGGUAACUACUUUCUGUACCACAAGCGACAUGUUCUGUGGAGGUGGAACACGUGCUGCUUGUGGCUUUUACUCUACAAACAAUUGUGGAAUUAGUUGUAAUGCAAAUAAAGUAAAGUGUUAGUUUUAAUUCUGCUUUUCUUGUUGUCCGUCUGAGUGUAUGGAUUAUGGAUGUAAAAUAUUCAAUGCUUGUGUAAAAAUGCUGUAGUUGUUAUUACCUAACUGUGAAAAAAUGGAAAGUCUCGUAAGGAAAAUAUUAUGAAAACGGUAGAUCACUGCUCCCCGUAAGGAAGAAACGUCGAGUUGCAGACAGGCGUGACGAAAAGACUGUUCACGAGAGCUAUUGGGCGUAGCCUUCUUUGGCAUACUUCCACCCCCACCCACAACCCCUUCCCUCGUCUCCCGAUGCUGCUCGUGGCAGCCUGCUCUACUCCCAGAACACUCCACCAGACAGCGCAGAGUCCCCAGCUGUACCCUGCUAUUCCUAAACCUUCCGUGCCCCACUCCAGAUUAUUGCUCCCGUUUGAUGCAUUUCUACAUCCUCAGCUACACUGAUAGUCCACAAUCCCCUUACGACGCACGGCAGAGGGUAUCCCAUUCCACUACUAGAUAUUUCCUUUUUCUUUUUUGCCCCCCCCCCCCCCCCCACUCGCAAAUAGAACAGUGUAAAAACUGUCUUCAUGCCUCCACAUGAACCCUAAUUUCUCAUAUAUUUGGGAUCCUUAUGCGCAGUAUAUGUUGGAGGCAACAGAAUUUUUCUGCAGUCAGCUUCAAAUGAAAACUCUCUAAAUGUUCUCAAUAGUGUUUAUCGAAAACAAUGUCUCCUUCCCUCCAGGGAUUCUCAUUCGAGUUCCCGAAGAAUCUCUAACACUAGCACAUUGUUCGAACCUACCAGUAACGAGUCUAGCAGCCCGCCUCUGAAAUGUUUCAACGUCUUACUUUAAUUAGAUGUGGUAGGGAUCCCAAAGAGUCGAGCAAUAUUCUAGAAUAGAUUGUACUACAUCCUAUAGGUAGUCGUCUCUACUGAUGUACCACACUUUCCUAGAAUUUGACCAAGAAACUCGAGUUGACCUUUCACCUUUCCUGCCACAAUUCUCACCAUGUCAUAUCGCUUUACAAUGUUAGGUGCAGGCAUGUAAAUGGCGUGACUGUCAUGCAGGAUGCUACUAAUGCUUAUCGAAACAUUACAGGUUUGUUUUUCUUUCUUGUCCGCAUUAGCUUACAUUUUUCUACAUUUAGAGUUGGUUGCCAUUCACAACACAAGUAGAAGUUUUGUCUUCAUCGUCUUGUAUCCUCGUACAGUGACUCAGCUUUGAAACCUCACCGUACACCCGAGCCUCAUCGGCAAACCGCCAAAGAUUACUGCCCACCCUGUCCACCACAUCAUUUAUGUAUAAAGGAAAUAAUAGCAAUCCUAUCGCACAUCCCAGGGGCACUUCUGUCCCGGGUUCAAUUCCCAGCGAGGUCAGGGAUUUUUUCUGCCUCGUGAUGACUGGGUGUUGUGUGUCCAUCAUUUCAUCACCAUUGACUCGCAAGUCGCCGAAGUGGCGUCAGCUAAAAAGGACUUGCAAUACGGCGGCCGAACUUCCCCGCGUGGGGCUUCCCGGCCGACAAUGCCGUACGAUCAUUUCAUUUCCUGACAUACCCUCAUCUCUGAUGAACACUUGUCGUCGGGGGCAACCUACUGGGUUCUGUAGCUUAAGAAGUCUGAGCCAUUUGCGUGUCUGUGAACCUAUUCCUUGGGUAACAGCCGGCAAUGUAUAGUUUCCAGUUCGGCCGUGUGUGUGUGUGUGUGUGUGUGUGUGUGUGUGUGUGUGUGUGUGUGUGUGUGUGUGUGUGUUUCUUUUCUGAAGAAGGCUCUGGCUGAAAGAUAUCACAUAAUAGGCUUUUCGAUUUUGUUGUUUUUAUGGUGAGCAGCAAUCUGCCCUCGUCAUAUUAUUUAACCAACGGUUUUUUUGGCUGUUACUCUGGCGUCAUUUACAAAGAUAAAUGUGUGCAGUUUUGAAUUUUGUGAUGUCGAAAGAGUUUAAACUAUUUGCAUCCAAACAGUGUCAACAUGCUGUCAUAGUUGAAAGUUACUAACAUUCCAUAUAAGACUAAACUGAGAAUUAUUUCAUUAAAAUUUGAAUUAAAAGCUGUUUAAACUGUACAAAAUAUGAGACAGUUUUUCAGAGAAGAAAAAUAAAUUGGGCAGAAUACUGUAUACUUUGGUGCCAUAUUUCGAGGGCAUGGCUGAGUGCGGUAACAUUCUCUUGUGUUGUAUCAUCAAGUGAGACAAAUGCUGAGACAAAAGUGGUAAAUGAGAAAAAUUGGACAAAAGUGGUAAAUGAGAAAAAUUGGAUUGUACAAAGAGAGAUAAUUGGGCAAGUGAAACUGUAUUAAAUGAAAUAAAGUAUGAUAUGGUGCACAUAA